AUUUCACGCAGGAUAUUUCAAUGUCCGAGAAAAGUGAUCAUCAUAUACUAAAUUUCAAAUCUGACCGGAGUUAUUCUGAUAGUAUGACUGUGAGAAAUGGCCGAGAAGUCGAUGAGGUUCCACUUGCAAAUAUUUCUAUUAUCCCAGAAUCUAUCGAAAGCAAGCCAACAUCUCUCAGAGCAUUUGUACAAUACGACAAUAAAUUUACAGAAAAAGUAAACGACAUUUUUGUGACAUUGAGAUGGAACCGACCUGAAUUUACCGAUGAAAUAAUACAGGGAUACACAGUGCAAUGUUUUUUCAUCGAGAACUUAAAAGAGAUUCAAAUCUGCGAUGAUAAAAAUAUUACAACUAUAAAAUUGGAGCACACGGUGCACAAUCUAACAUCUAACACGACAUAUUAUUUUCGAGUACGUGCGCAUACUAAAAUUGUUGCUGGUCCUUACACGGAUUUAAUCAAUGUGUCGACUGUGCAUGAAAAUCCAAUACCUAAAUUAUUAGUCACAUCGGAAAAAGGCAUCCACAUAUUAGACGUGGAUUUAAACAUUACUAAUUUCAUAAUGUCAGAAAAUGUAGAAUAUGUCUGUUAUUCGAUACAGGAACGCAAAAUUUAUUGGAUAAAUGGAAGUGAUCUAAUGAUAUUGAAGAUUAAUGAAAAUAAUAACACAAAAAUAGCUGGCUUUUAUCGAGGAAAAUAUUUCUGCGUUGACUGGGUAGCAAGAAAUUUAUAUUUCUGGCAUUAUUUACCCUACUCUUAUAUUGUAAAAUUCGACUUAACAAUGUGGGAAAAUGGCAUAAUUAAAUUUGAUGAAAUUUACAAAGCAGAAUGUUGUAUUUACCAUUUAAAUGUAUUACCGUCUAUGGGGUACAGAAUAUAA